UUCUCCUCCAGACUCACUGAAUCUCCUUAUUCUUAUUCUACCUGAAAGACUUAAAAUUUAUCAUUUAAAAAUAUUUCAUUUCUCAUUUUAAAAUAUACAUGAAUUAAUUUUCUUUCAAAUUUGCAAAGCGGAACCAACCUUUUAAGAUUACAAUAGUGGGUUCCACAGCGGGAACACCAGUAAGCAUCUAAGUUGAUUGAGCUCGAGUUUAGCUUACUUUUAGCAAUAGCAUUUUUUGGGGGGGACACAUUUUUAUUUUGAGAACUUUACAUAAAAAAACAGAAUAAGCCUCAUCGUUCUCAGCACACCCAUUUUUUUUAAAGACAGUUACGGAACUGGCCGACGGACGAAUAGCAGGAGCUUAUCCAAUUCCUGGAGGCGUGUUGUAGGAACGCGGACCAAACCCCUCUAUUUUCGUCCCUGCAGUCUUCUUUUCUAUUCCUUAUUAUAGAAGCGCUUCCGGCGGCGUGUAGCAUUCUGACAUCACCCCCCCGCCCGCACCCUAAUGACGUCAGCCCCGGGAGCAGUGUGUGACGACAGUGCGUAGGGGAACGUGGUGACGUACCCUAUUUAAAGGUCCCCAAGUAGAGGAUGGAGGCAGAAUCAGCAAGUGCUGCUACCGCGUGGGGGUCCGUGGCUGCGGAGUAGCAUAGAGAGAGCGAGGCUGCGCCGCGUACCCUCCCCGGGAGCGCUGGGCCUGAGUGGGGCAAUAAGCGGAGGUCGUUCGCUCCAUUGUCCCUCCUUUCCUUCUCCCGUUCUUCCCCAUUUUUGGCGGCUGCGGGGGCCGGUGGGAGGGUCGGAGUGGAGCAAAGCGAGAGCGGGCGCCUUCUGCUCCGCCUUCAGCUCCUCCUGCCCUCUCAGGCCCCGAGCGUGGGGGGAGUAGGGCGCGCUCUCUCUUUAGUGCCCUGCGCAGGGAACCUGGAAAGGGAGCGAAGGGUCGCUUGGCCGAGCGCGGUGGCGUGUGCGCGGGCACGGGAAGGAGGUGUGAGGAGGAGCAGGAGAAAACCUGAGCCGCCUGGCGCGUCUCGGCCCUGGACUGGGAAGCUCCGCGUCGGAGGUGCCGGAGAGGCAACCGCUCCCCCCACCUCCUCAUCCUCCUCCUCCUCCUCCUGCAGCCCGCGCUUUGGCCCCGCUGCUGCAGCGAGGGGCUAGAGGGGCGCUGCUGCUGCUGUCGGCGCCAACGCCGCCGCUGCUGCCACUCCUCCUGCCUGGCUGCUACUGAGCAUGAUUGAUCUGCCGGACACGAGACGGAGGAAGAGGCUGCCCCGCUGCAGAAGCGGGCGGGAUUGAAAGGAGACCUGCCCUGCCUUGCCGCGGGAAGGACCGCGGCUCUUCGGCCGCCUCCCGCGUUGCACCCACUGCCUUCCCGUUUCAUCUCCUGUCCCGCAUCCUCUCCCGUCCUAAAGGGGGAUGCGUGGUCCGUGCCCUGCCUCAGCUACCGGUCUACCGGAGCCCGAUGUCAGCGCCGGCAAGGGGGCUGCUGCCGGCUGCUGCUACUGCUUGGGAAAAUGAAGCGACACCCCCCAUGCUCUCGCUGCUGCCGCCGCCGCUGCUGCUAUCGACGGGGGUGUUAGAAGGAAGGGCGGCGCGGAGCGCUGCGCACACCGCAAGCCCCACGAGCCUGCUCUCUACCUGAGGCGGACCGCGAUCCGGGCGCUCGUGGUUCUCGGGCAUUUCAAUAAACUGCUUAGGCAUCCGUGCUGCUGUGGAUUUUUUUUUUAAUCCUCCUGCUAGAGGCGGUCGAGUGCCUCCCCUUCUCCCGCAGAAGGAGGAUUGGCUUGGUGCUGCCGCUGCCUCUGCUACUACCUCCUUCUUAUCCGCCUCCUCCUGCCAGGGAGCUGGAGCUCUCCCUGGACCCCUUCGUGCAGGGGGCUCGCUGAAGAAAACGGGCUCUGGGAGGCUAUGGGGAGGCUCUCUUCAUGUUGAUGCCCUAGGUCGAUUCUUCUCCUCCUCCCCCUCGAAAGGGUUGCGAUUUCCCCCCUCCCCCAAAAAUUCCCUUCUACAUUCCCAAAUGCCUGUAGACUUUUGUGUUUAAAAUCCGGCCGAAGAAGGCACGUAAGAUCACCUGGAAAGGCAGAAAAUUGGCUGGAGAGACCUGUCAGGAUUAAUACUGUAACUGGCCGGGGUGCGCUGGCAGCGUAGGAAACGGGGAAAAAUCCUUUUAAGAAUUGAUCUGCUAAGCAACGCUCACGGCACGUCUUCAUUGGUCAUCAUGGGGGAGCAACCCAUCUACAGCACCCGAGCUCAUGUCUUCCAAAUUGACCCAAAUACAAAGAAGAACUGGGUUCCCACCAGCAAGCAUGCUGUUACUGUGUCCUAUUUCUAUGACAGCACAAGAAACGUUUAUAGGAUCAUCAGCUUGGAUGGCUCAAAGGCAAUAAUAAAUAGUACCAUCACUCCCAACAUGACAUUCACAAAAACAUCACAAAAGUUUGGUCAAUGGGCAGAUAGCAGAGCAAAUACUGUUUAUGGCUUGGGAUUUUCCUCUGAGCAUCAUCUCUCAAAGUUUGCAGAAAAAUUUCAGGAAUUUAAAGAAGCUGCACGAUUAGCUAAGGAAAAAUCCCAAGAAAAGAUGGAAUUAACAAGUACACCAUCACAGGAAUCUGCGGGUGAUAUUCAAUCUCCUCUUACACCGGAGAGCAUUAAUGGGACAGAUGAUGAAAGGACAAUGCCAGAAGUGACACAAAAUUCAGAACCAAGGGCUGAAGCAACCCAGAAUGCAUUGCCAUUUGCGCAUAGUUCGGCAAUCAGCAAGCACUGGGAAGCAGAACUUGCUACACUAAAGGGCAACAAUGCCAAGCUGACAGCAGCUCUCCUUGAGUCCACUGCCAACGUGAAACAAUGGAAACAGCAGCUUGCUGCGUAUCAAGAGGAAGCAGAACGUCUACAUAAACGAGUGACUGAGCUGGAGUGUGUGAGUAGUCAAGCAAAUGCAGUCCAAACUCAUAAAACAGAAUUAAAUCAGACAAUACAAGAAUUAGAAGCAACACUGAAGAAAAAGGAAGAGGAAAUUGAAAAAUUGAGAGAAGAAAUUGACAAUGCCAGAGAGCUUCAGGCGCAAAGAGACUCUUUAACUCAGAAAUUACAAGAAGUGGAAGUUCGAAAUAAAGAUCUAGAAGGCCAACUAUCCGAUCUUGAACAGCGUUUGGAGAAAAGUCAGAAUGAACAAGAAGUUUUUCGCAAUAACUUGAAAACACUUUUAGAAAUUCUCGAUGGCAAAAUUUUUGAACUUACAGAACUACGAGAUAAUCUGGCCAAGCUAAUAGAAUGCAGCUAAAGAAUACAGGAUCUCAGUGCCAAACUUCUUAAAGAUGCACUGUCUCUCUUCAUACAGGACUUUGUUGGGCUCUGCAUCAAAGUUGCACAAAAUUAGAAAAAUGCUCCUUCAGAAGGGCCUGUUUUAAAUUUUCAACAAUAUACAAUAUACAGUAUUUCAAUGUAAAAUUUCAGAAUUGAGCUUGUAGUUAGUUGAAAAAAAAUAAUAACUUGAAGUACAAAUUACCUCCUUGUAUAUAAUUGGCCAUAGAUAACUCGAGGGUAUUAACAGUAACUGAAUGCAAUCCUUUUCUAAUUAUUAGCCAAUGAAAUAAUAAGAAGUGCUUCAAAUGACAUCCCUCUUAGUGUUCCACACAAUGUAGGCGAUCAGUUUUAUUUUCUUUGUUAAGGCAACAGUAUGCUGUGUUUUGUGCAAGAACUUUGUGAUGACAGCCCUCUCUUUCGUUGUAAUCUGAAUAAUUUCUCAGGAUAUUUUGUACUGUUGAAAAAAACAGUCCAUUACCAAUUAAUUCUUGCCAGGAGUGAGAGAGAGUUGCAUCUUUAAUUCAGACCUAAUGAAUUAAUGCUUGUAUAGAGUUCUUCCCUUUUUUUUUAUACUGGAAGAUACUGUCUUUAUUUACAAUGUUCACUCUGGUGUUCUAUAAUAUUGUCUAGUGUAUGGUUUACUUUUUUCCUAUUGGGAAUUCAUGUAUGUAGAAAUUAUGUAUUUCAUUUUGUUAUGCAUUUUGAAGCCUAUCUAUGAAGACAAGCAAGUCCCUGAAAGGAAUUUUAAAUUUUGCUAUGUUCAAAUAAGGUUCAGUCUAUACUUAUGGAAUAUCACAUGGAGUUAACUUUUCUUAUCAAAAUAUGUUUUAGUAAUUUAUUUAGCAAGAAUUCUGAAACUGGAAAUAUAGGUAUUGCUAGGGCAUUGACCUUGCUCAGGCAAUUAAGGGGAGGGAAAAGCAUUGUAUUAGCAUAGAUUUUUUUUCCUGCUGUAUGUUCAUGAAACAUCUUUAUUAGAAAAAUGUGCCAGGCGAUGUUCUGAAUUUCAAAACAAACCUGAAUUCAGUUAUCCUCAGUGAACCUCUUUUUAAGUUGUAUUGAUGUAAUUUACAAAGGUUUUUUUUGCCAAAUACGAUAUAUAUAUAUAUAAAUUUUAAAGGAAAAAAGAAAAGCAAACUGAGAGUCAAUCUAUGUUUCAUGAAUGGAAUAAGCUAGCCUUGCUGUAGAUUGUCUAAUAUUGCAAAAGAUUUUUAAAAAUUGAACAAAAAAAAAUCAGACAACAAUGCACUGAUCUUUUUAUUUACACCAAAUUAAUUUGGAUGUUAAAUAUAAAAUACAGCUUAAAUAUAAACUCUAUAUUUUUUUUCCACUUAAGGACUGCUAUUCAAAACUAGAUAAUAUAAAUCGGGUUUUUUAUGUGUGUACUGUAUGUAUAUACUGUAUAAUACAGGCACUCUAAUUUGUAUUUAAAAUGAGAUAAAUAUUUGGCUUAAUUUAUAAACUGACAUUUUCUUUAUCUGUAAUUUAACAAGUGUCUCCUGAAAUAUCAGGAUUAUUGUUAAUUAAACACUAAAUUAUGAUGUAUUAUACUAUAUGUACUGUACACAUCAUUUGUUUUGUCCAUGUUUUAGAGUAUUUUAUCAUUUAUUUUAUUUAUUAUUGGGAAAAUAUUUGUUCAUUGCAUUCAUAGACAAAAGCUUUCUAUGGUGAUUUUUAAAAACUUAAUAGCUAAGUGUUGAUGAUGUGUAACCUUAUUGGUCAGGACAGUAGUGAUUACCUGAUUUUAAUUUACCUGAAGAAGUUUGCACCUCAUUCUCUUGCUAGAUGAGUGUCACUCAGAAACAUCUUCAGCAAAGUAUAAAAUUGGUGUAAUUCUUGGACGAAUGAAAUACCAUAAGUUCUUGCUCGGUAUUCUUAAUUAUAGCAAGUUAGAGCAGAAAUUUGAUGGCAAAAAAUGUAAUAUUGUUUUUAAUAAGAUCAAAAAUUUUAAUACAAGGACAUUUACAUGUGGGAAAAAAGUUUACAAAGUUAUUUCCACUUCAAUGCUGUGUAUAUGUGUUGUACAAGAAAACUUAUUUGUAUAUGUACACACACAUAUGUAUAUACAGUAUAUAAAAAAUUAAAUGUGCACAUUUAGAAUAUUUUCCUAUUGAAAUUAAAAUUAGUAAUCAAAAAUCAAUAUUUGGGAAUUUCUUUUCUCAUGUAUAUUUAGAUGCUUGACUUUGGGUUCUUUUGUUUGUAAAAUAAAAUCCAAGAGGGCUGUACCACUGAAUCCCCAAAAGUCAUCUAACAUGUAUAUGGGAUAAGAUAAAUAUAAGUGCACAUAUAAAUUAAUUAUAUUAAAAAUAUUUUAAUGUUCGUUUACAUUAGAUGGGUGUUAGAAAUUAUAUGUUAACAAUUACACUCAGUUGUUCUUAAUGAAAUGGCUUUCCUGCACUUGCAUAUAUGCCAGAAAAUACUUUUGAUUGUCAUAGACUAAGAAAAGCAAACAAGAAUUUACAUCGAAGAACAAUCACAUUGUGUAUAACUUGUUAUAUGACAAUUAUGGAGUCUUGUUAAAAAUUCUUUUAAAACCCAACAAAAUACAGUUUUUAUUUUGAAAUACAAUUGCUGUUCUGGAGAAUGUACUUUUA